CCAAUAAACGAAUUCCAUACAUAAUGUUAUAUUAUUGCAGUUAUAACUUAUAAGAAGUGUUUUAAUGUCAUUAAUCUGAACUCAAUAAACAUGAUUGGAAUAAUUUACAAUAGUGUAAGAAACAAAUAAGUCAAUAAUUUUCAACUGUUUCGUAUCUAAUUUCUAUAUCAUCUGCAGAGAUGUCGCUUACGUUUGUCGACUGUUUGAAUAAUGAUAUGGUUAGACAGUUCAUGUGUGCCACUCAACUCACAGCGAUUAAUUUUAAAAACAUUUCAAAUGAAUUCAGUUUCAUAUUGACGAUGUUGUCACAUCCAAUAUUGCAAAAAUAUCCUCUGAAAACUCAAUAUCUAACCAGAUUUUUGAAAACUAUUAUAAAUCAAAUGGAAAAUGAUGGGAAUGAGUUAUGUGAUGAACUUUAUUUGAAGUAUGUAGAACUUAUUCAAAAAGAAAGUAAUGAAGGACCGUUUUACAAACACUAUAUACUUAAAAAUAAUGUUGAUAAUGAAAUAGUCGAAUCCAUCAUAACAAUUCAAGAAAGUACUAGUAUCGUUUCUCAUGGGACUACUGGACUAUGUACUUGGCAGGCAGGUGUAGCUUUAAGUAUUUGGUGUUUGAAACACAAAGAUAAACUAAAAGACAAAUUUAUUGUAGAGCUUGGUUGUGGAACAGGCUUAAGUGGAAUAAGCGUGUGUACAAAUUGCGAACCUCGUGAAUACUGGUUUACAGAUUGUCAUUCAACUGUACUGAAGUCUUUACAAUAUAACAUACAAAUCAAUGAAACCUAUAAAACAUUUAAUUGUAAAUAUAAAACCGUACAACUUUCCUGGGAUGAUAUAGAAGAUUUUAAAGUGUUUAAAGAGAAUAAACCAGACUUAGUGUUAGCAGCUGAUGUGACCUUCGAUAAAACUAUGUUUGAACCAUUAUGCACUUCAUUGAAAUAUUUUUUAAACAAUAACACAACUGAAAUAAUAUUGUUUUGUACAUUAAGAAAUGUUGAGACUUAUAAACAGUUCCUUGAGACACUCGUAAAAUACAACCUACAUUUUACAGAAGAUAUUUUACCUAACAAUUACUCAAUCAUAUUACAACAAGACUGUCCAAUUCAUUUUAUAACUGUAAAAUAAAAAUAAUAAAAAUGUAUUUUAAUAAAUUAUAUAUUCAGACAA